AUGGCAGAAAAGAAACUGUAUGAUGCUGCAAUAAUUGGAGAUUUAGCAACACUGAAACAACUCCUCCAAACAAAUCAACACCUUCUUGAUGUAGUUUCAUUUACCUCAUGUCUGAAAAACGUGUUACACAUUGCAAUAAAGAAGGGACACGAAAGCGUCGUGGCAGAGGUGCUGAAGAUCAAUCCGGAGCUCGCUCUCGAGCUCGACUCCAACAGCUCCUCGUCUCUCCACCUCGCGGCCGCAAGAGGGAACGCGGGGAUCGCGGAAAGAUUGAUGGAGAUAGCCCCGGAGAUGUGCUGGUGGCGAGACGGCCAUGAUAUGAACCCGCUUCAUGUCGCGGCCGUCAAAGGGAAUGUGGCGGUGCUAGAGGAGAUGCUAAGGCUGGAUUCCUUUGCGGCCACGGCCAGGCUGCAUCGCGGACAGACUGUGCUGCACUUGUGCGUGAAACAUCGUCAGCUCGGGACUUUGAAGGUUUUGGUAAAGGAACUUGGAGACAAAGACCUAGCGAGUGCAAAGGAUGAUGAUGGAGAGACAUUGUUGCAUUUUGCUGUCAGGACUAAUCAACUUGAGGUUUUAGAUUACUUGAAUGGAAGUGUGAGAGGACUGAGGCUGACAAAGAAUUCCGGUGGCAAAACAGCACUGGAUGUCUUGAACGACAGCUUUCGAAACGCAAGUACAUACACCGAAAUGAAAACAAUCCUGAAAAGAUUUAAUAGUCGGCCAAUAGCCGUAAGCCUGCCUCAGUUCGCGGAGAUGACGAUGGUGGCAGCGGUCCUGAUAGCGACCAUGGCGUUCCAGGCGGCCGUCAGCCCCCCUGGCGGCGUGUGGCAAGAAACCAAGACCAAUUCAACGACGGGCGAAAUAAUACAGAAAGCCGGGCAGGCAGUAAUGGCUACUGAAGAGCCCCGUAAAUACAUACAGUUCAUUCAAGUUAACAUCGUGUCAUUCAUGUCGUCUCUCGUCGCAAUCUUGUUCCUUGCCACCACCGGCUCCUCGGACCAGUGGAUUUUCCCCGUGCUCGCGACCUUUUCUAUGUUGGUGUCGAUGGCAUCGAUCGGAGUAACGUAUGGAUUGUCGUUGAUCUUGACGAAUCCUAACAUGAAAGAAUUUGGAUGGAGAAACUCUGUCGUCAUAUCAGUGUGUGUGUUCGCAGGAGCCAUGUUUUUUAUCUUUGUUGUAAGCUCUUUCAGAAGUGGGACGGGAAGAGUGAAAAGAUUUGUUAAGAAGGCUGCUGGCCCGGCCUCCUGCAACUUUGUGUAGCAAUUCGCCUACAAUAGUUUGGAUUGGAUUGUGUGUUGGUGUGUUUUCUUUCCCACAUGUUUGUUUUGUAGAAUGAAAACCAUAUUGUUAGGUAUGUGAUUUUUUUUAUCAAUUGUAAUAAGAAAGUAGUAUUUCUUUUUGUUGCUUA